CUAGUCACGGCUGACCUGAAUAGAAACCAUUAUCAGUUAACCUAAAAAUUGGGGACAACUGGCUAUCGCAAACAACAGACCGGGCUAAUUCAUAACAGACUGGAGCCAUGUUGUUUGUCCUAAGCAUAAUUGUAUUCCUGUCUGUUAGCACGGUGGCAGCGCAGGAUUGUCAUGACAUUGAUCCAGCAGCGUGUCAGAUGAUGGCAAACCAAAGACCGGAUCUUUGCUCUGACGAAACAAUCGCUAAAACUGCUUGUCCACAAUUCUGUAAAAAAUGUCCGGUUACUUGCUACCACUGCAAUGCGACUGUGAAAGAUUAUCAUCUAUGUAACACGACGACGGCCUGCCCAGAAGGACAGAUGUGCAUGAGAAAAGAAUUGAAAUCUGCAAUAGACGGACACCAUGAAUAUGAAAUGACGUGUGCAGAAAAACAGGCGUGUGACGAUCCCUGGAGUGGUUUAAGUGCUUUUGGAAAACGUGACAUGGUAUCACGUGAUGUGUCAGUAACCUGUUGUUCGGAUGACCUCUGUAAUUACCCCGAACCUCCAACAACACCUGGAACAACAACAACACGAUCAACAUUUACAGGUUGCAUCCGUGACUUGGUGUUGAUUGUUGAUGAGUCGACAAGUGUCAAAAGGUACCACAGCGAAAUAAACAGGUUUCUUCAUGACGUUGUUGCCCCUUUGCCCGUUAACGAUGCAGAAGUACAUGUGUCUCUCGGAUUGUUUGCAACGGCUUCUAGAACGAUAUUUGAUCUUGAUGACCUCCAUUCCAAGUCAGCGGUACUGCACGCAUUAGGUAGCCAGACACUACAUGGAGGCACUGGAGACGUCGACGAAGGUUUAAAGUAUGCAGUAAACCACGCCUUGACACCCGCCGCCGGCGAUCGCCCAUCUGCAAAAAAUGUUGUGAUUAUAAUCACUGAUGAUGGAACAAAAAACAGAGCACUGCUGACGUCCUUAGAGCAUGCGGUACAUUCGAAGGCUGAUGUCAUUUCCAUUGAAAUUGGAAGCGUGCUUUUUGCUCAUCUAGCAUCGGAUACACACAAUGCAUUUCAUCUUUUAUUACCGACUAGCCUUUCGCAGAUUGCAAAAAAAGUCUCUGAUUUGGUAUGUAGCUAGGAAAAUAAAUGGAAACAAGCAUG